GGUGCGCUCCCCCUUGCACACUGCACAGGCAGCAGAGACACAGGCAGCACUCAGACUAGAAGCACAUAGACUGUGAUCUGUGGAGGAUCCCCUCCUUCUUUGGACCCCUGGGAUACUGUAGCCCACCUUCAGCACUCUGUGGAUUGUUACUGGUCACCCUAAGGACUGUACACCUGGACUGGAACCCUGUAAUUCAGGCCCAAUGACUGAGUUUGAAAUCCGGAACAUGGAUCAAGUGGCGCCGGUUUACAACAUGCAUAGAGGAAUCCUAAAGCGGCAGCUGGCAUUUGACAACGUAAACCUUUCAACGUCAAUAUACACUGGGUUGUUUUCCGCAUAUGAUGCGUAUGAAGAAGAACAGGCAGUGCCCACUGGCCUGGACUCUCUGUUGCAUGAUUCCCACAGCUGCGAGUUUCCCCUCCUUACCCCGUGCAGCAAGGCAGUAAUGAGUCAGGCUUUAAAGGCCACCUUUAACGGUUUCACAAAGGAACAGCGGCGCCUUGGGAUCCCCAGCAACCCGUGGCUGUGGAAUGAAAACCAAGUCUGCCAGUGGCUUUUAUGGGCCGUAAACGAGUUUUCUUUGUCGAGUGUGAACUUUCAGAAGUUUAUCAUGACCGGACGGGAUCUGUGUAAUCUGGGAAAAGAACAUUUUCUUGAGCUGGCCCCAGACUUCGUGGGUGACAUCCUCUGGGAGCAUCUGGAACAAAUGAUGAAAGAACAGGAGAAGGCCCAGGACCAGUAUAUUGAAAGCUCCAGGCAAUGCGCCGCUUCCCAGUGGAUCAGCAAUGACUCUUUAAGCUUCAGUAUAGAUCCCUCGCAAUGUGGAUCACAUGUGCACAAUUACCCCAAAACUGAAGGGUACAAUGAGCUGUGCCCAACGCCCCAAGUCCCAAAUCUCGUUCCGGUCAAACAAGAGUUCCAUAGUUACUCAUGCAUGAAAUCGAAUUACUCCUCGGUGACCCAGGACUUUGGGAGAAACAACAUGAAUGUGCUACUAAACUCUCUCAGUUCUGGCAAAUCCAUAGACUUGGACUCGGUGGAUAGUGGUACAGAGAGCUUUGAAGGCUCGGACUCCCUGCUCCAGUCGUGGACCAGCCAGUCCUCCUUGGUGGACAUGCAGCGCGUCCCAUCCUACGACAGUUUUGAAGAAGAAGCCACCCAGUCCUUAUGUUUAAACAAACCAUCCAUGUCUUUUAAAGAUUACAUUCAAGACAGAAAUGACCCAAUGGAACAGGGCAAACCAGUUAUCCCUGCAGCAAUUCUUGCUGGUUUCACAGGGAGUGGACCCAUUCAGCUAUGGCAGUUCUUGCUGGAGUUGUUGACAGACAAAUCAUGCCAACCCUUUAUCAGCUGGACAGGGGAUGGAUGGGAGUUCAAACUCACCGACCCAGACGAGGUUGCGCGGAGGUGGGGGAAAAGGAAAAAUAAGCCUAAAAUGAACUAUGAGAAGCUGAGCCGGGGACUGAGAUACUAUUAUGAUAAGAACAUUAUUCACAAAACUUCAGGAAAGCGCUAUGUGUACCGGUUUGUGUGCGACCUCCAUAACUUGCUGGGCUACACAGCGGAAGAACUACAUGCAAUGCUUGACGUUCAGCCGGACACAGAUGAAUGAAUGAAUGGAUGGGUGUGUGGAUGGAGCAGCUUUGUCCAAAAGCGCACAAUUGUACUGUGAAAAAAAACCUCCCAAAAACGGACCCUUUACAGUCACUAUUGAUGGACCUAUAGAGAAGGACGAAAUCGUGGACUUGUUUUGAGGGCUCAGCAAGGCAACAAAAUUUAGAGACAUUCUAAGAAGUGGUUUUUAUGUGUUUUUGAGAUGCUUAAGAGGUGCAACGAAUGGCGCUUAAGGAGAAUACAGUGCUAACUUGAAGAAAAUUGCACGGAAAGUGUGAAACACUCAUUGUGUCUAUGGGGGAGGUGGGGAGUAGAAUCUUCCGUCAACCAAACCUAAAGAUAAAAUGACAACACAUCUGAUUAGAAUUGUGACUUUAAUUUUGUAAAAUAUUAAAACGGACACAAAAACUCUCACAAUUUUAAUCGCGAUGGUCUCGGAGACUGCACUUUUCAACACCUGAUUUUUCACACGUGGCUCGUGCUAUUGGAAUCCACAACUUUUUUAUGCUUUUAUGGCAGUUGUGAUUUUUCUGUUGUUGUUGUUUAUCAAACCAUUUCAAGCAUGUAAAUUUUAUUAAGAGUUUUUCAUAUUUGUUUUAUAAUUAUUUGUUCCAGAAGGGAUAUCUAUAUUAUUAUUAUUAUUGUCGUUAUUAUUAUUUGAAUUUCAGAUGUUGAAGAUCUUUUCGUCUUGGUUUUGUUUUUUAAAGAUAUAUAUAUAAGAGCUAAUUACAGCAUUUAAAAUGCUUUUGCUUUGUAUAUCUAUAUUUGCUCCAUAGUACCAAGUCAUUAGAGCUUGCAUUGAUGAGCAGACUUUUUUUGUUUUGUUUUAAAUGAAGCUAGGUAACACUGCACAUUGUCAUUCCUUUGAAUGAUUUAAAGGGCAUGAGUCUGACACAGCGUAGAGGCAGCCAUUUUGGGUGCUGGCCAAAUAUUUAGUGUUUAUACUAGCACCCGCACAUUUCAAACCCCAGUGCAGUUCCUCUUCCUGCCUGGGGUGUCGCUUUCUGCUCUGGUGCUUCUAACACACUCUGUAAUGUGUCUCAGCACUGAGAUACAGACCAGAGUGUGCUAGAAGCCCCAGAGCAGAGAGCGACACCCGAGACAGGAAAGAGGAACUGCACAGGGGUUUGAAAGGUGCAGGGUGCUAGAACGAACGCUAAUAUACAUAGGAACGUAACCUAUCCAUUCGCUAGUAACCUGUGCCACAUGAAUAUAUAGUGGCUUAGUAUAUGUUCCUAGUGGUUGGAUACUUUGCAUUCAUGUGAUUUGGUUCACACCAUAAAAACGCUGUUGAGGACAGGUAUAUUUUACACUUUGUUUUCUAAUAAAGUGUUUCCCAAUUCUGUAUAUAUUGUUUUUUUUUUUUUGUUCAAUUACAGUAUGUAUUUUUAAUACCAAGAGAUUUCAUAAUUUGAAUGCUGUAUCUUUGACAUACCUGCCUCCUUUCCUUAGUUGUGGAGGAAUUUGUGUAGCAGCUAUUUUUACUGCAAAAUAUUAUACUGGACAUGUGUUAUUUUAUUUUUCUUUCCUUGUUCUGUUUUGUCCUUUAAGAAAGUUUUAUUGUAUUUUUUUUUUUUUUUUUUUUUAACUAAAGUGCCUUGUAAACUAAAGCGUAUUUUUCUGUAUAAAGUUGCUGGGGCCAUAGAAGACCGAAUUCUAAAUAAACUUUUUUUUUUUUUUGU